AUGUAUCAGAGCGCUUGUAAUGUGGCCACUACGGGCUCGUGUGCACCCAAUGCUGAGGCGGAACGCGAAAUCGAACGUCAGAAUGCCUUAAUGUCACAACAACCACCCACCCAACCAAUUGAGCCCGACUACAAGGGUGAAAUGGCCACAUUCGAUAUUGUCAAAGCCACACAGUAUGGAGCAACGGCGAGAGUUAAAGAGCUGGUGGAAGCUGGCUGGGAUGUUAACCAGCGUGACAGUGAAACGGUGACACUACUCCACUGGGCAGCCAUCAAUAAUCGUCGGGAUAUUAUCAAGUAUUUUCUGGAAAAGGGUGCGGUGGUAGAUGCUUUGGGUGGUGAGCUGAACGCUACCCCCCUGCAUUGGGCCACACGACAAGGUCAUUUGGGUGCUGUGGUCCUGCUGAUGGCGGCUGGAGCCGAUCCUCGGAUACGUGAUGCCGAAGGCUGUUCGUGUAUACACAUUGCAGCCCAGUUUGCCCAUACAGCUUUGGUGGCCUAUUUCAUUGCCAAGGGAGUGGAUCCUGAUUUACAGGAUCGUGGCGGCAUGACAGCCCUUAUGUGGGCAGCAUGGAAAGUGUGUGCUCUGGAUCCGGUACGUUUGCUGCUAACACUGGGUGCCAAUCCCGCCAUGGUCGAUUACACACACGGCAAUACGGCCCUGCAUUGGGCCAUACUGGCACGGAAUUCGACGGCCAUUAGUACUUUAGUUUUAAAAUCGAAGGCUUCCUUAGAUGUGCCUAAUUUGCGCGGCGAAACACCACUUAGUAUGCUAGAGACACAGGCCGGUGCCGUGUGGAUUGGCAAUAAGGUUAUGGAGCGGGUGCGUGAUGCCUCGCUGACCUCACAACAACGUCGCAGCCUGAUAACACGCAUCAAACACGAUAAACGUCUGCGUUGGUGGUCAAUGGUGGCGUGUCCAUUUACCGCCUUCUAUUUGGCCGGUGUGGUCUUCACGCUGAACACCCUGUAUAUUAUAAAAUUCUUUUUGUUGGUGUGUCUAUACGCUGUGUUCCAUACGUUGGGUAAGACGCUCUUCGAUGAUCAUUUAAUGGCCCUGCUACCGCUCAGUGUGUACUUGGCCACCAAGGCCUGGUUCUAUAUCACCUGGUUUGUGUAUAUCAUUGAUGCAGUGUCGUUCGGAACGACGUUACUAUUUCUGAUAUGUUCCGGUGGUUUGUGGUAUUGUUUUUUGAAAUCAUGGAAAGGUGAUCCGGGUAUUAUACAACCCACACAGGAACAAAGAUUUAAGACCAUUAUUGAAUUAUCAGAACGUGGUGGUGUUGGCUUUGAACCAUCCUCCUUCUGUUCGGGUUGCUUGGUACGCCGGCCCAUACGCUCCAAACAUUGCAGUGUAUGUGAUCGUUGUGUGGCCCGCUUCGAUCAUCACUGUCCCUGGGUUGGCAAUUGUAUUGGUCUCAAGAAUCACACAUAUUUUAUGGGUUUCCUGUGGAUGUUGUUGGUCAUGUGCGGCUGGAUGAUAUACGGUGGAUCCUAUUACUAUAUGAAUACCUGUAAUGUGCAUUUUGAUGAUUUACUGGCUGCCUUACGAGCCAUUGGCGACUGUAAUGCCUGGAUUGGUUUCGUUAUGGCCAAUGCCCUGCUGCACAUGUCCUGGGUCAUAUUACUAACCAUAUGCCAGACGUAUCAGGUCAUUUGCCUUGGCAUGACCACCAACGAACGCAUGAAUCGUGGCCGUUAUCGACAUUUCCAGGCACGCAGUGGCAAAUCACCAUUCACUCGUGGUGCUUUCAAUAACCUUAUCGAUUUUCUUGAGUGCACCUGUUUUGGGUUGUUCAAACCCAAGCGCAUCGAUUGGAUGAACUAUUACGAUUUCGAUGUACACACCUCGAAACCCAUCGAACAUGAACCGUUGUUGAGCAAUGGUGGCGGCGGUGGUGGUGACGAUUCAACGGCCGUUUCAGCUUCACAUAAUUUUCAGUAUGUGUAGGAUAAGUCGAAUCGGGAUGCGAUGACACGUAAAGCACCCAUAGCUAAUGUCUAAG